AUGGCCUCCAACUUUAACGACAUAGUCAAGCAGGGCUACGUGAAAAUCCGCAGCAGGAAGCUAGGGAUAUUCAGACGAUGCUGGUUGGUUUUUAAGAAGGCUUCUAGCAAGGGACCCAGAAGGCUAGAAAAGUUUCCAGAUGAAAAGGCAGCUUAUUUCAGAAACUUUCACAAGGUAACUGAACUACACAACAUCAAAAAUAUAACCAGACUGCCUCGAGAGACAAAGAAGCAUGCAGUGGCAAUUAUCUUUCAUGAUGAAACGUCAAAGACAUUUGCUUGUGAGUCAGAGCUGGAGGCUGAGGAGUGGUGCAAGCACCUUUGCAUGGAAUGCCUGGGGACAAGGCUAAAUGACAUCAGCCUAGGGGAGCCUGACCUGCUGGCAGCUGGGGUUCAACGGGAACAGAAUGAACGAUUCAAUGUUUAUCUUAUGCCUACACCCAACCUGGAUAUUUAUGGUGAAUGCACAAUGCAGAUCACUCAUGAGAAUAUCUAUCUCUGGGAUAUACACAAUGCCAAGGUCAAGCUAGUGAUGUGGCCUCUUAGCUCACUGAGGAGAUAUGGUCGAGACUCAACUUGGUUCACCUUUGAGUCAGGAAGAAUGUGUGACACAGGAGAAGGACUAUUCACUUUUCAAACAAGGGAGGGAGAAAUGAUCUAUCAGAAGGUUCAUUCUGCAACACUGGCUAUAGCCGAGCAACAUGAAAGAUUAAUGCUAGAAAUGGAGCAGAAGGCCCGGCUUCAGACAAGCUUGACUGAACCGAUGACGUUAUCCAAAUCCAUCUCUCUUCCUCGGAGUGCAUAUUGGCAUCACAUUACACGUCAGAACAGUGUUGGAGAAAUCUACAGCUUGCAAGGUCAUGGGUUUGGUUCAUCAAAGAUGUCCAGGGCACAGACAUUUCCCAGCUAUGCUCCAGAACAGAGUGAAGAGGCUCAGCCCCCGUUGUCACGGUCCAGCAGCUAUGGAUUCAGCUAUAGCUCCAGCCUCAUUCAAUGA